UAAGAAUUGUUUUAUUCUACGCAAGCGGUGAUUGGUGAACAUAGCAUCCAAAUUAAAUGAAAUUUCCUCCCUUAUAUCGUAAUAAGUUCUACUUACCGCACCCUCAGUUUAAUUAUUAUAUGUCUUAUCCGAUGUAAAUGAGAGAGAACCUUUAAAUAUUGUACCGUGCUUAAAUUUUCUAAAUAAAAUAAGAAUGAAAAAAACAUUUUUUUUCUUUUGAAAUAAAAUUAAACCAUCUGUUAAGAAAAGUAGUCACAUCUAUUAAAUAAUUCGAGAGACAUACACGUGUAUGUGCACCAUCAGCAAAAAUUAAAAUAUAUGCUUAAUUUACGUCAAAAUAAAAUAACAAUAGUUUUUAAAAGAUUAGUGGUAGAAAAUGGUAUAUAAACGUUGUUUGUGUUUUGUGUAAAAAACCAAAAUUGCUAUCAUGUUAAUGGUUGCGUAUCAUCUAAAUAUUUAAAGACAACUUAUUCUUGACGAUGGUAGGAAGUUUGAAAAUGUUGUGAAUUAAUUCCAUAUUAAUUAAUUCAUUAUCUUGUGUAAUUACCAAAUGCGCAUGCAAGAUGAAAGUUUCUUCUUGAAAUUUAUAUACAAAUAAAUUUAUUUUUUGUAUGUAGAAAAUUGCGGUGGGUCGUCCGUUUUACUUAAGUCUUCUGUGACCUUCAAAAAUAUUCGCGCUAUUCCAAGUUGACAUGUGUUGAAGCUUUGCCAUGGUUUUGCAAUUGAGAUGUUUCUUACUUCUUUUUGGUUAUUACAUCGUUGCUGGAGCGAUAGUAGUUCUGCCAGGAUCUUCUUCUUCAGCAUCUACACCGUCCUAUAAAUAUCAGACAAUAUCGUCCAGCGAAAACGACGACGAUUUCUUGUCGCAAAAAGACAAUAUUCUAGAAAAAUCAUACCAUGGUCUAAUAAGAGAAAACGAAACGUCAGUUGAAAUAACACCACUUAUUAAAGUAGACGAAGAAAAAAUUUGCAAUUUUCAAAUUGUAAAAAAGCCUUAUCAUGAGGUGCCGUUCCAAAUUAACUUGAUUAACAACUUGGGCGUGCUUAAAGCGCAUCGGAACCUCAACUGUGAGAAGCGUAAAAGCUAUCACUUCGAGAUUGUAGCAGUGUUCUGUGAUGGAACACAUUCUGCUGCGGCAAACGUUCACAUAACUGUCAUCGAUGUAAACGAGUACGCGCCGACGUUCCUGCAGCCCUCUUAUGUAACGGAAGCUGAUGAGGGAAGACUCUACAAGGAGAUAAUCAGAGUUGAAGCAAUCGACAAAGAUUGUACGCCUUUAUAUGGAGAUGUCUGCAAAUACCAGUUAUUAAACGGAGAUCAGCCAUUUUCCAUUGACAACGAAGGUUCCAUAAAGAACACUGAGCCUCUAUCCCAUAAAAUUUCACAUAAUUAUAUAUUGUCAGUAGUAGCUUUUGAUUGUGCGAUGAAACAAUCGAAACCAAUAAUGGUUAGCAUAAAAGUGCGGAGAAUGUGUGAAGCGCGAUUUUUGGGCAUACCCGAACGCAUUGACUAUACGGCCUCAUCGACAGAAAGCUUGUUUUUAUUUCCAAACGCCCGUUUGGAAUUAUGUGGCAUGUUAUGCGAAAAACCCAAUUUAAACGUAAACAUUGUAUUAAAAACUAAACAUAUUUCAUUUGGUUGCGAUCGUGAUAUAAGUAACUGUUCUCGUCAUUCUGACUUGAUCGAUCUUCUUCCGCGAAGCACUGAUUGGACGAGUGAUCUAAGCUAUGAUGAAGGACCGGAACCUAUAUUUCACUUUGACGGGUUUUCUGGCGUUCGUGUACCCAAUAAAAUUUUGUCAUAUCAAGAUUUCUCUCAAGGACCAUUCAGCAUAGUGACAAUUUUUCGUCACUUUGUUGAGACUGGCCCAACGGCUUCCAAUAGGCAUAUAAAGGAACAUAUUAUCUGUAACGCCGACGAUCAUAAAAUGAAUCGCCACCACAUGGCACUCUUUGUGCGCAACUGUCGUUUGAUCUUAUUGUUGCGCAAGAACUUUAACGAAGGAGAUUUGAAUAUCUUUAGUCCAGCGGAAUGGCGAUGGAAAAUACCGCAGGUGUGCGACAACGAAUGGCAUCAUUAUGUGCUUAAUGUCGAUCAAAACUCUAAAAUCGAUCUAUAUAUUGAUGGCCUACGUUUCGAAAGCUCCACUGAAGACCAUCAUAGUAAUCCAGAAGUAAUUGACGAUUGGCCACUGCAUGCAGCUCACGGCAUCAAUACAACACUCACUGUAGGUGCCUGCUACCAAAGCUCUGAAAAUCAUCUUAAACACGGCUUUAAUGGUGACAUAUCAGAGAUUAAGAUUUUGCUAAAUAGAGUAUUUUCACCAACUGAUGUCGAAUGCGGUACUAAUUGUGCGGAGCACUUGUUGCCUCCGUUCGGCAAUUUUUUAGAUCCCGAAACACAAAUACAAUGUAACACUCAACUUAACGAAAUUUAUAUUGCGGCUCACAAUAAAGAUCAUUUGGAACAACUGCUUCAGCGCAUACAAUACAUUAAUACGAAGGACAAUCCUACAAUAGGUCGUCGUAAUGUUGAAUUACGUACCACUCUGUUUUGCAUUAAUCAGACCACCAUACGUUUGCCAACCGUAGAAACUUAUGUUAUGGUUAAUGAACCUAGCAAUACGCUAUCUUUAGCAACUGCUUCAUUCCCCAACUCCAAGAAUAGAUCCACCAACGUUAACGUCCACAGAUCAGAGCGGCCAGACCAGAUAGGAAGACCUAUUGUAACACCAGCACCUUUUCUGGUGUCUACGCCAAACCACAAACAUCUAGUUAAUAAUAAUUUUGGGUCCAAAAUUCAUUAUGAACAAGGAUCUGUACAAAUCGUUAUAAAAGGCAACUCAAACAAUUUGGUAACGUAUCCAGAAAUAAAGCGCGGUGUGCAUAUUUUGGGAACCGUUAAUGUUAGUGUAAUUAGUCUUAUUGGUGAACGCAUUUCAGCUGAAUUGCAGAGCUUGGACACCUGCAGUGUUAUUGUAUUUCCUUCAUUAAAUCCUGACCAUGAAGAAAUAGAGAUUGAUGGCGACGAGACCCUCUCUACUACUUUGGACAUUAAGACUAACAUUAACAAAGAUGGCGUUGAAAUGAUUGGAACUGAUAGUGUGGCUAACUAUUUGUAUGUACUAAAAGCGUUAGUCUACAGUAACAAGAAGCCGGCCUAUUACUUAAAUCGGGUUUUUAAAGUGGCUUGCUCCCAAUUGAAUUUACAAUACAAUACAGGAGAGUUUACAUUAACUUUAACAGUUCUGCACCCUAAGCAGAUACCCACUGGUGUUCUAGAUUCACCAAAGACCACACCUAAUGCACUGUUGGCUUUUUCGGCUGCCCACACAGAUUAUGGUAACAUCAAUUAUGCUGAUAACAAAAUUUUCUCACAUGCCAUGUCACAACAGCAUGACGCACAAGAACCCCAAUCAAAAUUACACUCCAUUGGUCACAAAGCUGGAAGUUCACAUCCUACAACGCUAAUUAUACUAGUUUGUGUGUUUUCGGUUAUCCUUUUGAGUGGAGUAUCCAUUGCUCGCUUGAAAAAUAGUAACAACCAUAAAUACGCCGAACGUCAUCAACCUUGUCCAAAGAUUGCUGACGAAGGGCUUACCUGGGAUGACUCAGCUUUGACAAUUACAAUAAAUCCCAUGCAAGGAGAUGCAAUUUCUGAGGAGAGUUCCGAUUCCGAAAUUUCGGAAUCAGAAGAUGAAGAAGUGGUCAAAGGAAGAUUUGCUAAUAUCAACCAGUUAGAAUGGGACAACUCGAAUAUAUUUACUGCGGCAGUGAAUUAAAAUUUACUCAUACCUAAUCAUUUACAUAAACACAUGCAGACACAAUCCAGAAAAAUACGCUAAGAAAUGCUUCUAUAUAAAUAACAUUUACAGAACAAAGUAUAUACAGCAUAAGUAAUUAAAUUUAAACACUACCUUAAAAUAAACAAAUUAAUAAAUGAAUAAAUAAAACAAAGAUAAACCAAGCACUGCGUACUGUUAGACAUAAAAAGGCAAACAAUAUAACAAAAUACGUAAAUAAGAAACGUUUGUCCUCGGACGAAUUUAGAAUAGUAUAGCAUGCUCAUAUGGAAAUAGCAUAGCAUGCUCAUAUGGAACAUGGAAAAAUUAUUUAAUCCCAGAAAUUCCUAUAUGUUUGCAAAAAUUAUAAAAUCCAGUAAAAGGGAUAGGUGAAUAUGCAACUAAUGAAAAAAUUGAGGUGUUAAAAAUGGAAAUGUAAGAUUAAUAGAAACUGCUUAAAAAGUACUCUGCAAAUGUGAUAUUAGGGGCUCUUUAGGCAGUAUGUAGAGAGCAUAUUUAUUAUGGAGAUUAUAAACAUCAAGCUAGCUAUUAAGAAAAAAGAAUAAGACAAUUUAAAUAAACAGUCAUAUAUUUAAUUCCAUAUAUUAGACAUUGUUUUAUAUUUUUGUUUAAUAGAUUUUAAUUUUUUCACCGGAUUUGUUUUUCAAAUUAUAUUUACCGAUGAUAUCACAUAAAUUCCGUUGUAACUGCAACGAGCGAGAACCUUAACUCGCUACAAAAGCAAUCGACUACCGUCAACCUAAAAACGGGCGUAUCGAUUUUGUAUUUCGUACACAUUCAAACCAGUUUUUGUGCGUUGAUGCGAUUCAUCGCAUAAAAAAAGUUUUAAUUGUGUUGUGAAAGCUAUUUUUUAUAUAUAUUUUUUAUGUUUUUGUGCGGUGAAUAGGCACCGUCUAAAGGCAAAAAAAAAGACGGCGAAAAAACUGGUUUGAGUGUAUAAUGGUUGCAUGCUUAUGGUACAAUCGCGGAUAUAACAACUCGUGAACGUAAGAAAGCAGACUACUAUUUAGCAAUUAAAUGGUAUACGCAAUUACAAACUAAAAUAAUACAAGUCGCAGACGCGGAAAUCAGUAUAUGUCCACCGAUACUAAAUUAUUAAAUCCGAGCUAAAUCUGAAAUAUUAAUUG